GGGAGGGGGGGAGGAGGAGGAAAAGAAAAACAAGAAUUAAUAAAUUUGUGCUGAUAGAAUGAGAUCAAGCUUAAUAAAUAUGCGAAGUGUGGAACUUUAAAAUUACAUGGUCAUAAUAGAGAGUUAGAAGGUUAUGUAGUUUUAAUGGGAUUACACAUUUUUGCACUUAUACGAAAGUUAUGAAACGUAUGAAGAUUUAUUAUUAAAAAAAAAAAAAAAAAAAAAAAAUGUCAGUGAUUCUCAAUCUAUUCUGAACAUUUUGCGUUACUUGUUACUGACCACUGUACACAAUGUCGAUGUAACAAAUGAUAAAGUUCAACAUAAACGGAGAAAGAAGAAAUAUUGUUGUAACCUUUUUACUGCGCGCUUGUGAAAUAACGUUCGCUGUGACGAAACGCAUUGCUGACAACUUAACGCUGACGUACAGUGUUUACGAAGCUCGAUAUCUUUGAUAUUGUGUAUAUGAUUGUGUAUAUAAUCGUCAAUUUUUUGACAGAGUGUGCAUAUAUAAGUUCUUUAUAUGUACUGUGCUAUAUGCAUUCUUCGAAAUUGCAUAUAUACAUCGCUCUGAAUAAAAACAAAUUAAAAAGAAUACAUUUGUGCGCUCAUAUAUACGGAAACUGUAGAACGUAUAAAGAUUUAUUAAUUCGAUUGAUCUUAAGCGAUGUAUUGAUAAAAAUACAACAACAAGAUGCACCAAAAAUAGAUAUUAAAACUGAAACUCCCGAACAGAGUUCAGUUCGUAUUCUUUCUGCUCUUCGUAUACUUAAAUAUCAACCGAAUUCUGAUCCAGCUACUUUUCGACAAGGAAUCGUUCGAGGUGAUACUGAAACAAUAUAUGCAAUUUUAACAUGGUUAUUAACACAUAAAGAUAUAGUUCGUCAAAGAGCUUAUUUGGCACGUUUCCUUGUCAAGAUCGAAAUUCCAUCAGAUUAUUUAGGAGAUCCAGAAAUCGCAGCAUUGUACGAACAAUAUUCGAAUAUGGUCAAUCAAUUUAAAGCUAUUCACAAGGAAAGAGAGAUCGGUAAAAAGAAUUUCGAGAUCGCCGCCGAGUUUACGGAAGAUCUUAAAGCAAUGGAAAAAGAAAAAGAGGCAGUUUUGUUACGUAUCGAGAAGAUGAAAGUUAAAGCUCAACCUGCACUUCAUCUUUUGGAUGCAGCUCGUGCUUUACGUAUGGAAAAAGAUCGAGAACGUGAUCUUGCUUUACAGAAAGAACAAGAAAGCAAGAUAAUGUCUGGUUUGCAAAUAUCCUUUCAAGGAAUAGAACGUGAGUUGCAAACAUUAAAACGAACUAGUGAGGAAAUAACACCUCAAACAUUAAUACAACAUCUAACGGACGAAGUGACCGUACAGACUGCAAUAAUGAAAGAGAAGUUAGCUUAUGAAAUUGAGAUGAAAAAAAAACGAAUAGCUGCUCUUAUGUCAGUACGAGGAUAUUCUUAUUUAGGCCAAGAUCAAAUAACAACUUUAAGAAACAAACUAGAUUUAAUAACGAAAGAAAUUCAAGGAUUAGUCGAAACGAAGAUCACCAAAACUGAUAACGAUAAAAUGGAACCGUUUCGUCAACAAGCAACAACAAUAUCAAAUAUGAAACGAAAUGUACUCGAACGAUUGGAGAAUACAAAUGAUCGUUUGAAAGAGUUCCAAGCGAAACUCGAAGAAAAAAGAGAACAAUCGAAAAUCUUUAUGGAAGAGAUGGCACCUAAGGGAGAAGAUUUGAAAAAAUAUGUGGCUCAUUUAAAAAUCAAAAGUGUUUCGUACAAACGUUACAGAGCAGAAUUGACGGCGUUGAAAGCUGAAAUUGGAGUAUUGCAACGAACGGCUGUUAUUCUUAAAGCACAGGCAGCGUUAAUAGACCAAGGAAAUAAAAACUUAGAUUUAGGAAAGCAAUCGAUUCCUGAUAAUUAUACACCGGCUAAUGCAUUUUCAACAAACGUGCAAUUAUCCAAAAUGAUAUCUGCACUACGUGUUAAACUUCUACCGUUAUUAAAUGAAGCGCAGGCGUUACGACAACAGUCUCGUGACGUGAAGGAACGUUAUAGAAAAGCUAACACAGUUCAAUCCACUCUAGAAACAGUUAUCGGAAGUCCAACAGGAAAUAUAUUAUUUGAAAUAAAUCAAUUAAAAGAAAAGAUAGCGAAGGAUAAGGAAGAAAAAAGAAGGCUCGAAGAAGCAUUAUUAAAAAUGAAAAAUUUGGAACAAAGAAUACAAAAAGAAAUGGAUGCAUCGUCAAGUUCCGAUAAUACUCGAAGUUUAAAAGAUGAGUUGAGCGAUUCGAUUGCAGUCGAAGAAGAAAUUAUGAAAAAUUUAAAACUUCAGAAGGAAAAUCUAGAAAAAGAUGCUGAUAAAAAUGAAAAGCAAACUCAGCAAUGGAAUCAAAUUGCAGCAGUAUUCACUUGCAAAAUUCAAUAUGCAGAAGAUAGCAAACAUAAUGAUGGCAUUGUAGUACGCAGAGGAGGAGCUGAAACUCUUGUAUUGCAAUAAUGCAAUUUUAUGUGCAUAAUUAUAUAAUACUGUACUUAAAAAAAGAAAAUAUAUUAUUUUCGAUUUUAAUUAUUAUAGUUACAUAUUUUCAAUGUAACUUAAUCAUUAUAUAU